CCGGCCAUGGCCUCCUACCGCCUCGGGGUCCGCGUCGGGAACUGGCUGGAGGACGAGAUCGCGCAGCAGGACCUCCUGAAAGAUUUUAUCCGUAAGAGAGAGAAAGGACAACUUUUCGUACAGAGAUUAGCCAGACUUAAAGAGAAUAUUUUCAAGAAGGUAGAGCUGUCAGUGUCCUCUGAUGGAUUUGUUCACUUUGGAGACACCGUGCUGCUCGUGAACCCGGACUGCACCCCCCCGGAGGAGAGGGACCCCGAGCUGCGCGGCGAUGUCACCCUGGCUGUCGACAUGGAAGAAGUGUCCCUGUACUCGGACGAGCCCCUGCAGAUCUCACGUGGACUCAGUGCCGUCAAGAGGGUGGACCCCAUAGGUCGAAAUGCUUUCUGUAUUGUAAGUGUUGAUGGAAGUGCAGUGGGUGAACCACUUCGAUACGGGCAGAACUUUCUUCUUGGCACCAAAGGAGGGGUUUCUGACAAACUGUUUUAUCUGGCAAGUGACCACAAAACAUUUAGAGAUUUUGCUAAAAAAUCUCGCCUUCAGAAAGUAUUUCUGACAGGUGAGCUUUCCUAUUUGACUUUCUGGCAAGCAAAGUCCUUGGAUCCACAACUGCGUCUCGAACACGAAGGAUGUCCAGUUCCUUCAGAAACUAAAAUUAUUAUUACUCAUUGCUACACCAACCGCAACUUAGCUGUUCCGAGGACCUUCUGUGUGUGGUCUAGUUUUGGAAGAGAAUUUGAAGUAAUUUGUCACAAUUAUCUUGACGCCCGCAAAGUGGAAGAAGAUAAGAAUUACUGGGAGAUAAUUACACAAAAUCCUGGUCCUCGAGAUGGUACAAUGCCUGAAAGACCCAAAGCUCUCCCAGAAGGAUAUGAGCAUAAAUAGUUUCAUGAAAAGACAGAGGCUGUAAAAGCUCAAGACCACAGCCAGGAGAGGUUGAUGAGACUGAUUAUUGUUUCUUUCUGUUUAUAUUUUAGUUUUAGAGAUGUUUAUUUUAAAAAUGGAAAUUAAAGUCUGUCAUUAGUAAUAUUGCAUAAUCUUGUUAACUCAUCAAGGUUAUAAUGGGCAAAAAACUCUUUAAAGUUUCGUGAGCAAAAUGAAAAAAUUGUAAAUCAGGAAAUGCUCCAUUUUCCAUUUUCACAUUCACCAAUGAAAAAAGUUGUCAGAAUCCAGAAAACCUAAUAGAUUUUCAUUAAAUUACUGCCUCUCAGAGUAUACUUAACCAAUUCUUCCAAAGCCAAACCAGUGUCACAAUUCUUAAAAGGGUGAGUGGUCAGUUUGCAAAACACUCAAAAUCAAACACACACAAAGUUAUCAUGGGAUGCUUUGACAUUUAAAGUUCAUCUGAAAGAAAGUUGGUUGUUGAGUUUGUUCCACCCUCCUUCUAGCACAACAUUGCCAAUUAUUAAGUCACUAAUGAGACUUUUUUAUCUUGAGAUUAUUUUCUAAUUCAUGGAUAUAAAAUUGAGUUUUUGAUGUUUUCCCAUGUAUUCUAAACACUUUAAUAUCAAGUAAUCAAGAACUUGAGCACAGUGAUACAGACUAGAGACUUACAAAAACAUUUUCCAUGCAUCACCAUGUUCCAUUUACCUCUCACUCACAGCAUUUUUCAAUCCAUAGUAAUUUCUAACAAGUUUGAGAGUAAGGUAAAAUUGUCAAAGAAAAUCAGGCUCCCACAAGUUUCAUGAUAGUAAAUACUAAAGCAGAAAGCAAAUAUGAUAUGCUGUAAGUUUAUCCAGUAAGAAAAAGAUUGUAGUCUAUGUUCUUACCUAAUUAGACAACAGAAUAUCCACAUGAAAAAAAAAAAAAAUAAGGCCUUGAAGGGUAGAAAUUUCAGGUGAAACUCACAUUUCCUUAAAAACAAAAUCAACCAAGUAUAAAAUGCAAAUACCUGGAAAACAGAGGUCAUUACUGCAUAGAUUUACCUGUCUUUCUAUAGAAGCUGAAAAAGCAUCACAGAGAAUCUUCUACUGCAUGGCAUUCCAUUAUAUCUGUUUAGUUAAACAUAUAUUUAUUUCAUCUCCUACUGUACCACAAGAGCAGGCUCUUUCUGCACAAGUAAGUGACAGCCCAAGUAAAAUGCUACACUGAUACCCAUUUAUAAAAGAUUCCAAAGAUCUUCAGUGAUUAUAAAGGGCAAUUAAAACUUUCUAAAUUUUCCAAAACAACGCUACUAAACUUUCACAAAAGAAGGGAUUGGUCCAAACACAUUUUUAAGCUCUAUUCCCAAAUAAUCUGUCUGAAGCCCACAAGCAAGGCUUACAAAGCUUUACCUUUAUUCAAUAUAAAUUAAGUCAGCAGACUGCAGCAUCUGGCAUAGAGGAUCUCAGAGCAGCAGGCGGAACAUGCUGCUGUGACAUGCUGCUUUGCUUUGAGGGACUGUACUGCAGAGGACAGCUUUAGAAUCACACUUCUUGUGUGUAAACCUUUACCUGUUAUAGAUGGGCUGUUUUAGAGGAAAUUAUCUUUAGGAACUUAUUUAACUUUUUCCUUUCAUUUUCUAUGUAAGCAUAAUUACCACGAUUUGAGAUUUUUUCUAGAGGGUCUGUUCAUAAUCCAACAUUCAGAGGUAAAAAUUUGCACAUUUUCACAAUGGAUUGACCUAAGUUUACUUAUGUUUUAUAGAUAUUAAAAUUUAGUAGAUAAAGUUCCAUAGGUAUUUUAUUUUAGUAAGACUUAAACUGCAGGAAUGCACUGUAGUUGGCCAUUGGAUUUUACUGGUAUUAGAUGCAGCUCUUUCAACUCUUAAGUCUCUUAACUCUGGGUCAAAUGUAGGAAACAAGAAGAGGCCUUAGACCAAAACCAUUUCUGAAAGGAAGCUUCGUGUAAACUCAUGCAGGAAUGAGGACUGCGUGGGCAGGGUGCCUGGGCUGGCUGAUGUUCUGAGUGAGUGUUUGUGCGUGUGAGUGGAAGGAAAGCAAUGCACUCUGUACAAAAACAAGUUUUGCAAAGACUUAGAGGAAAAACAAAGAGAUCAAAAGAUACAGAAAUGAAUAAAAAAGCAGGUAAUGUUGGAAUUUGGUGCUGAUUAA